GUGGUGGGGGCCGACGAGCGGGUGAACCGUUGUAGCAGUGCCUGUGUUUCCCUUCUCGCCGUCUCUCCUGCUCCGGUGACUCUCUGGGUUCCAGCCCUUCUCACCUACUCUUGCCGUGUCAACAGAGACGUAAUGACACUAUCGUCGACGGUGCUGACAGCGGGACUGCUGGCGGUGACAGCAGUGGUGCUGCUCUUCAGUAAUCGAAGCCUUAACACCACCUUGAAGCAAGACAAGGAGCGGUCCUUGGUCGGCUUCAAGAAAAGAGAUGAGGAAAUACUUGAUUGCAAAGACUUGCUUCAACGGGAGAAUAAUCUUCGAACUGGCUACGAACAGAAGAUCAAAAAGACGGAGGAGGAGAAGGUGGGGUUGACAGCUGAGGUGAACCGCAAGAAAGAUGAAGUGGCUAAGCUACAGAAGUCUACAGCAGAGGCGGAGGCGAAGAAGAAAGAAGUCGAAGCCUUGACCAAGAGCAAGGAGGACUUCAAGAAACAGCUGAACGAGACCUUGAAGCGCGUCACGGAUGCUGACAAGGUCAAGGCCGACCUGCAGGCCAAGUUGACGGAGGCGCUGGCCAAGAAGAGUCAAGCAGAUGCAGCAGCAGCGGCAGCCAAGGACCAAGCUGCUAAAGCCAAGGCCGCCAAAGGUUAAUACCUUAAAGGCGUAUUUAAUGCCAAUAUCAUCUUGUCCCUUUCCUAUAACAUUAACCGCCCAAAUGAGCUUUUGAAAGCGGAUUCAAGACCAACAAUCAAUCGUUAGAACACUCUCCACAGCCUCGUACGUCGUGAGUUGUAGCUCCUGGUCCCCGCCUGUCUGUGUGCACAACCACAUCCACUCGAAAAUCAUCUGUCUGCUUUCGUAUCAUCCCCCCUCCCCCCCCCCUUGUAUGGGGUUCCAAAGAUUAAGGGGGAGAUAAUAUCACUGUUAAUGGCCAUUUCAGUUGUUAAACUAGCACAGUUAAAGAGUGUGCACUUAACACCUUUAAAAGCACCUUUGUGUGGUGUGAUACAUGAUGAUUGUCUUAUACAUACAUGUAUACUUCUCAUAUAGUGAUAUGUGUAUACUUUUCAUACACUGAUUCGUGUAUAGUCGUCUGAUACAAUGUAUUUUAUAUUCCUCUGUUUGUAUACUUCUCAUACAGUGAUGUAGGUAUACUUUUCAUACACUGAUUCGUGUAUAGUCGUCUCAUACAAUGUAUUUUAUAUUCCUCUGGUUUGUAUUUUAACAAUGUAUUAUUUUUAAGAACAAGUAUAAGGAGGUGUAUUAGUAUGAUAAUACACAGAUAACUUAGUAGAUUAUUCUAUCACAGCUUCAGUGUGUGUUUACACUAAGCUCAGUGUUUACACUAAGCUCAGUGUUUACACUAAGCUCAGUGUUUACACUAAGCUCAGUGUUUACACUAAGCUCAGUGUUUACACUAAGCUCAGUGUUUACACUAAGCUCAGUGUGUCUACACUAAGCUCAGUGUUUACACUAAGCUCAGUGUUUACACUAAGCUCAGUGUGUCUACACUAAGCUCAGUGUCUACACUAAGCUCAGUGUUUACACUAAGCUCAGUGUUUACACUAAGCUCAGUGUUUACACUAAGCUCAGUGUUUACACUAAGCUCAGUGUUUACACUAAGCUCAGUGUUUACACUAAGCUCAGUGUUUACACUAAGCUCAGUGUUUACACUAAGCUCAGUGUUUACACUAAGCUCAGUAUUUGCUUACACUAAACUCAGUGUGUCUACACUAAACUCAAUCUCUGAUCACAGUAAACAAUCUCUGUCUACAUCACAAAAGCCACAAAACAGCCUAAAUACCCUCUCUAUAAGUCUAACACCAUCUUACUUGAAAAGUAAAGUAGUUCUAUUAAUUUUAAGUUAGUAAAUGUUAAUUAAGAGUAAUUACACCGUGUCGGAUCGAGGCGGGCAGCGUUCGCCUACAAGAACUUCAAGUCGGAUUUGAGACCGUUCUUGGAGCCAUAGAAAACGACUGUCAUGACGGUCUUUGCCUAGAAGCGGUGACUGUCUUAAAAAAUCGCUGUUAACCCGUUCUUGUUUCUUGUAAUAUGUAAAUUGUGUCUGUGUUUUGAGAAAUAAAGAAUUUUUUGACAUAGUAUAAC